GCACAUCCAACAUAAUAACUACAUAGGUAGCUCGAUACACAACUACAUACAUAGGUAUCAAUAUAUACAUCGUACCCAAACAAAAUAACUUUCUUCUUCAUCCGGAGAUUUGAACUUCUAAUAUCCAGCAACCGGAAAAGAAAAGGACACAAUAUGGCUUCUAUGUCACUGCAACCCUCAACCCUAUCAAGCCUUGGCCUCUUCAUGAAGUCAAACGUACGCAUGAAGCCAAUCCCACCCCCUAAGGACCUCUCCCUCCGCGGCCAGACAGCUCUGAUCACAGGAGGUAACAGCGGUCUCGGCUUUGAAGCGGCCAAGCAGCUCUUGCAGCACGGGCUCUCUCGUCUUGUCAUUACAUCUCGAAGCGCCGAAAAGGGCAAGAAGGCUGCCGAUUCUCUGCGUGCUUCGUGUCAGAACCCGGAUUCCGAGAUCCUUGUCUGGGAGUUGGACAUGUUAUCGUACGACUCGAUACAGCAAUUUGUGAGACGCUGCGAGUCCGAACUGCUCCCCCUGGGCAAUUCGGUGAGCGGUCGCGGCCUCGAUAUUGCCAUCCUCAAUGCCGGUGUCGCUCAGGCGGUGUUCGCGAUCAACCGCUCCACGGGGCAUGAAGAGACCUUCCAGACAAAUUACCUUUCCACGGCGCUUCUUGCCAUUUUGCUACUACCUCUGCUGAAGGGGAAGGGAAAGCCGAAGGUGGGGUCAAAGCCAGGCCGUCUGAGUAUUGUAGGCUCAAGCACUGGCCUCACUGCCGCCUUUGGAAACAGGAACGCGAACCCUUUGAUCCCAAGCUUUGAUGACCAGCAUCAUUGGGAAGAAAUGGGUGCAUUUGAGAGAUACAGUGUCUCGAAGACAUUGGUCAUGGUGCUAUUAGCACAGCUAGGAAAACAGGAGCUUGUUGACGAAGACGGCAAUGGCGUGCAAGUCAACGCCUUUGAGCCGGGCUUUGUCAGGGGCACAAACUGUAAGAAAUAGCCCGGACUCCUCGUAUACUUUUGGAGAAGUUGCUAACAAGUUACUAUCAGUGUACCGCCAUGCUUCAUCGACUAAGAUAGCGAAGGCGAUGUUUAAAGUCAUG